UAUUCACUUUGUAAAUUAUUCAUUUUUGACCCAAAUCAUGUUAAAUUUGGAGGUAUUUAUCCAAAUUGUGUGACAAAGUUAUUUGCCUCAUAUUUCCUGCUCAUUCUUUUCUGAUGGGGAUAAAAUUUAACUGGUAAAUCAGUUCAAGCAGGCUCAAGUGCAUGCAUCAUAACAAGGCUUUGGACAAGUCAAUGAACAUUUAAUUAUAGCCGCCACUGCAAGCAUCAUAUAUUUUGCAAAUUUCGAGGAGAUCAUCAAGAAAAUGCAUAAAAGCGAGAGGCGUACUAACUUCAUGGGAGUCCACGUAUGAACAAGAUACGUUCGCCGAAAAGGAGGCUUGAAAACCAUUGACGCGUUUUUCCUCGUUCGGUAAUUUUUGUAAGCUAAUAUUGCUGAAUAGUGGAUAAGUGUUCGAAAUGGAACAAACUGAAAAUGUAGUGGCAAGUCCUGAUGAAUUUUUAAAUAAUAUCUCUGUUAGCACGAUAAGAUCAGUAACACUCGACGAAACGGAGACACAAGGUGGUGAAGGAGAGAUCUGUGACAGCUCAUCGGAAACAUUGGAGAAUCAGACCGUCGACGUGAACGCAAGCGACGAAAAUACAACUGCAGGGUUAAAUAAGCAAAAUGAUCCGCCUGUAGAUGACGCUAACGGUGAUUCAGAGGAGCAUGAUGAAAAAGACCAGUCUGUGGAAAAGCCUGGUCAGGUUGAGGACCAAAUUGAAAGAACUGCAAAAACAGAUGAUGAUUCUGGGACAGAGGAAGACACAACUCAAGAAAAUAACGAGGUACCGUCAGCUAGCGAAGAAUUAGAUAUUGAUUCACUUCCAAAAGGCGAAAGGUUAUCUCAAAGUGAAGAUGGUACAAUGAAUGAACAAGAACCCACUUCACAACCAACUGAAAUUGUAGUGGAGGAUGUAGCUGGAGUCAAGGGAAAUGCUGAAUUAGUAACUGAAUCCUCACAACAGGCUCUUGAGUCACUUUAUCACAUCAAGUGGAUUAAAUGGAAAGGAAUAAACACUCCGAUUAUAACACAGAAUGAAAAUGGUCCGUGUCCUCUGCUGGCUAUUGUGAAUGUUUUGUUGUUGCAGAGACGAAUCAGGAUACCCUCACCACAAGAGAUUGUAACAUCAGGACAGCUUAUGGAGUACAUAGGAGACUGCAUCUUAGAAGAAUCACCCAAAGUAUGUAUAACCACUUAAUUUCCAAAAUAUUAUGAAUCAUGUUGUUUGCUGAUGGGUUGUAUUGUUAUUAUGAGAAAACAUAUAUAAUAAUAAGUUGACUAUAUCCCCGAUCCGUUGAUUCCAACUUCUCCCGGGCUCCUGUACAGAUCAUCAAAUCUUCUAGAUAAGAUUGAAUUUUGAGCUUUUCUGUGCUUUUGUUAAGGUCGGGACACACCAGGUGACAUGUCAGGGCAACAAAUCACACCGUGUGUACGGUUCGGGCAAUAAGUUGCUCGACAUGUCGUGCAGCAACAAAUUGAUUGGUGUGAAUCUGCGUGCAAAGAAAGUAGUGUCCGAUAGCCCAGGGCUAGUGGAUUUUGCUAUCGGGCUAGUGAAUUCUGUUUUUAACUUGCCCGACGGGCAAGUGAUGUUUUAUGAGGAAUUUGAAUAACAGAAGAACAAAAAGUUUUUGGGGCUAGUUGAAAUGACGUCUGGGCUAGUAAAUGCUAGCUUCAGCUUGCCCGAGUGACAAGCUGUAAAAAUGAUUUUCUUUGCACCCUGUGAAUGCAGGAAUUUUUAAGGAAAUCUUUGUUUCUGCAACAAAAUUUUUGUUGCCACAACAAGUUGCACAAAUUCUGUCUUAUUUGAUUUUGUGCAACUUGUUGAAGUGUCAAAAUUCUGUUGCUGAGGCAAAGAUUUUCACAAAAAUUCUUUAGUACACACGACGCGAUUUGUCGCCAUGACAUGUUGCUGCAACUUGUUGCCUAGUGUGUACUGACCUUUAAGAAAUUCAGCCCAGUUGCUUCCCAAAAUUCAAAAAUGUUUUUGAUCAUAGUAUGCUUAUCCAUGGCAUUUUUGCACACAAUAUCGUUCAUCACUGACAAAACUAUUUUAAUGUUGUCGUAAAAGUGAGUUUUGGCACCCUUCACUUCAUGAAAGACUAGAAUGUCUUAACCCAUGUUACAAUUUGGGGACUGGGUCAUUUGCCCUUAUGGGGAAGGGGGACAGUGGUUGAUGUUGGCAGGGAGGCGGAUACUGCAAAAGGAACAGCAAUAUUUUCUAGAUCUCUAGAGGCUGGAUCUUAUCUCUGCAAAACACAUCUAGCAGUUAUUCAUGUGUAUGUGAAGUGUAAAGCCCCUUGGGAAAGUCAAUAAAGUAUGUAUGUAUGUGUACUUGAAACACACAAAAUUUGUGUGAAAAUUCAAAUUUAAUUUGAAUUUCAGUAACAAAUCUACUUUUAAGAAUUUUCAGUGUUGCAUUGAUGUCUAAGCUGGCAAUGUGCUGAAUAUGUUAUCUUUGUAAUUAAAUGAAUUAAACCGUUUUUGUUAAAAAAAAGACUUACUUGAUAUUCUGACAGUUUUCAUUGUUAACCAGUUGAAAUCUCAAAAAUCAAAGUUAUUUUCUUUUUGUUUAUCUUAGCAAUUGUCAGAGGGGGCACAACUAAAUUAUGAGCAAAACAUGCAUGAUGCCAUUGCAAUAAUGAACAAGUUACAAACAGGAUUAGAUGUUAAUGUAAAAUUUACUGGGUAGGUAAACUUUUUAAUGUUGUAGAGUGUGUAUAUCAGUAAAAACAUUUAGUGUUCAUGAAUGACAUGGUCUGGAACCACCAACUUUUCUUGUAAGGUGAUCAUUACAUUUUACUGAAGGUGAAAGUAGGGACCUAAAUGAUCCAAGGAUAGUGACAGCAGCAAAAAUUUCACUUUAAAGGAGAAUUUGUGGUCUUUCAAUCUUUAUCACUAUUAUUCUAGAUAACUCACUUACUUUGUCAAAUGUAGGCAAACUCUCCUGUAGUUGAAUUCCUAGAAGAACCAUAUCCAACUUGUGAAAAGGAAAGAAAAUUUUCUCACGUUGAGUUGUGGCUUGUUUUCAUGUCUCCUCCAUAAAAUGUGACAUUAGGUCUUUUGCAUGUCAUAGUCAUGCAGGACGGGCACUUUCUGGCCAAAAUAAAGUAAUGGCCUUGAUAACUUAGCCAGGUAGGUUUCAGUUUUGACCUCAAGACCCCUGCCCAAGGGUCACAUAUUUACAUGUAUAUAAUAGAGUUUUCACAUUUUUAUUAAAGAUGUCGUUGCUUGUAGGGUGUCAGACUUUGAGUUCACCCCAGAAUGUAUAGUGUUUGAUCUUCUUUCCAUUGGUUUGUACCACGGCUGGCUUGUUGAUCCACAGAACACUGAAAUAGCAUCUGCUAUUGGCAGUCUGAGUUAUAAUCAGCUGGUGGAGAAGAUAAUCGCAAGCAAACAAGAUGGAGCAGAAACCCAGUUAGUGUCUGAAGGUAAAAAAUAAUAAUAACGAUAACAAAAAAUGAGGUCAUCACACUAAAAGUUUAUAGUCGAUCCCUUGAUCAAUACUGUCUUAUUACACCUGAGGCAGUGCUUGUUUGAUGCUUUUUAACAAGAUCACAGGUGGCUGGUUCCAUGAGUGGGCAAUAUCAAGCAGAAUCUGUGUUUUGAUUGCUAUCUUAGGAGAUGAUAAUAUUAACCUGCGAAAACAUCCAUUUCUCCUCGCUCUUCGCUGCCAGGCAUGUUUCGCGCCGAGGAACGUCUGCAACUCAGCGGCAGAAAUUCCAUACCGAUGAUGUAAAAUCUGUCCAGAAUCUGGUCAGAAGGGCUGAUUGGUCGACGGAGUAGUUACAUUGUUUUAGGUAUUGUUUACGAAUGACAGUCUUAACAGACAAAAGACAAAAGGCCACAAUGGUCAAAUGUAAAUGUGAAGAAUCUGUAACAAAAAAGUCAAUAUUUGUGGAAUAUAGUCUUCUCUAGAAGAAGUAUUUGAGUUUUGCUGGAGCUCGUUGGCAGGUGAACACAACACUUUACCAAAGUCGACCAGAAGACUCAUAAAAUUGGACAAAUUCAUAUUUGGAACCCCAUGACUACCAUAUUUAUUAUGUAAACAUUGACUUGCGCCAUCAGUAUGGAAUUUCUGCCGCUGAGUCGCAGAUAUGUUCCUCCACUCAAAACGUCCCCAGCUACGAAGAGCGAGGAGAAACGGGUGUAUUUGCAGGCUAUCAUAAUAUGGGCCUAUCUUUCUCGCUCAUUUUUCCUUAUUGGUCCCAUGACAACAAAAAGUGAUCUUGGUCAUUUUCUCCAUUGACCAAGAUUGUUUGGUCAACAUAGCUCAAUAUUAGCUUCCCUCAUUUUGUUUGCAUUUUUAUCAACCUUUUCUUCAUUUCACUCCAUAAAUUGCAAAAAAGGACAUUUAAUUUCCAGCCAUCAUGACCUCAUGCUUGGUCAAGGCAUAUACUUGAGGGCAGCAACAGAGACAGGGGCAGGUCUGUUACAUGUACAUUCUCUGAGGUGUGUAUUUACAAGAUGAAAUUACUGGUAGCUUUUAACUCCGAGAUUUAAUGACCACACUCUAUUAAUUUGCAGGUUUGAUCAGUGAAGCUUUCCUUGAGCAAACAGCCAGUCAGCUGACAUACCAUGGGUUGUGUGAGUUGAACUCACGAUUACAAGAUGAUCAACUUUGUGUCUUCUUUAGGAAUAACCACUUCAGCACCUUUUAUAAGCACAAGGUUAGACAAAAAUAAAUACCUUUUUAAAUUGAUCUGUUUAAUAUUCUUUUAUAUUUUUGCUGAUGAGACCUGGUCAUAUUUUUAAAUUAUAAUAUCAAAUUGAAUGAAAAGCUCUCACUUUGAUAAAAUGUUCCAUGUAGCUUUAAGUAACUUAUGGACUAAGAGAACAUGAGGAAGGUCAAAUUCAGUGUUUGGUUAAGCUGUGCAUUUUACUGAAUUUUCAAAAACCUAUAAUUUACUUGUGAACAACUUUUAAUGUUGCAACAUUUUUUUUUUUUGGUAAAUUAGCCAAAUACUCAUGCGUAAAAUUAAGAAAAGAAUUGACGGUCUAACACUGGUAAUUUUUGUAAUUUCUGUAAUUUUGGAGAAACCUUUGGUCCUUUGGUGCAGCUAAAGUAAUGUAAUUUAAUAAACUAGUGCUCUUCACAGGACUAAUCAGUAGUUCUUUAGUACUAUCAUGUUUAAAAUGAAACUUGGAAUUUAUGUUGAUCUUUAUAGAAUUUUGAUUUAUGACAAUCACCUCAAACAAAAUAUUAAAGUCUUCUGUUUUCGUCUAGCUCAUAUUCCUAGUCCUCUAUUUUUUCUCUCUCAGUUGCACCCUGUGUAAAGAAAGGAAUUCAACCAUAUGGCAUUUAUUUUCACUUUGCUUUUAGGAUGAGCUUUUUUUGCUGGUCACAGAUCAGGGAUUCCUCACAGAAGACCGAGUCAUUUGGGAAUCAUUAAGUAGUGUUGAUGGUGACAGCUAUUUUGUAGAUGCCGAGUUUAGAACCCUUCCUGCUGUACACAGCCCACCUCAACCUCCCAAAGCACCUCUUGCCCAGCAACUAUCACAAGAGGAUCAAGAGUAGGAUAAUCUACGCUAUGUUAUUAAUUUAAAUUAUAAAUAGAAAGCUAAAAUAGCACAUUGCAGUUAAUUUGUCAAUGAGAAAAUUUUAAUAUAUGUCAUUGCAUGAUGUCAUGAACUUAAUCCAUGUAUUAGUUAGAGAAAAAAAACCUUAAUGUUUGCAUUAUUUCAAGAGAGUACUUAUAAUUAAAUAGACUUGACUAAUGAUAACAACUGAAAGUAGACAUUAUACUUUAUUGCAUUGUUUUCACCGAUUAACAGGGCCACCCAACGUCAAUUUUUGGAAAAUAUCUGUUUGGAAGACGAUUUGAGAACCAUAAUUUUUGGAACAUUUGUUGUAAAAUUUCUUGCUUGCCUGCCUCUCCUAGGAUUUUUGAACAUCUAAAAAAUGGUAUAAUUGCCCAUUUUUAAUGGAUUUUUACCCUAAAAAGGUCACCUAGAAUUUUUGGGAGCUUUUUUCUGGCUGAAAUUUUCAAAAAGGUAAGUACUGGUAUUGAUCCCUAUAAUUUUCGGAUCACUAGACUUUCAGCUAGGAAAUCCGAACAGAUGAAAAAUGUUUAGGGGAUAAAAAUAUGCCUAUGUCUACCUUUUAUAUACUAAAAUAUGUUCAACAAUGCUAUGUUUAUGUGGUUUUGAACUAUAUUCUUGUUGGGUGCCCCUGAAUUAAGACAUGUAUCAGUUUCUUCAUCUUCUGAUUCCCAUUGUAAGGGGUUUUUUAACUCCACUUUUGUGUGGCAUUACAAAACCAUUCAAAAGUAACUUGUUCCUUAACAGUUACCUUGUAGCAUUAAGUCUUCAAGAAGAGCAGGAUGAAACCACCAGAGGACCUCAAACACAUGUAUACCCUGGAGGUCCAGAUGUUCCUCAGCCCCUACCUAACCAGGCACCUACCCAGCAGAGUGCCCAGACUAAUCAAGAAUGGUCUGAGUAAGUAAACAAACUUGUUGGCUUUAAGUUGCGAACUUCUGUGUACAGUCAGUAAAUUUUAGGGUUGAUGUUUGUUGAAGCUUGUUACUCAUUCCAAAAAAUCCUUGCCAAAUGUGGAAGGGCUCUACAUGUACCACUGAAAAGGGCAGUGGAUGGUGACCAAGCCACACCCAUUGCAAACGUUUCCAAGUGAGAGUAACUUGAAGAGUUUAGCGAUAGCUUCAUGUGAAAAGUAUAUUGAAUCAUACCACCUACACCUAGCCUACGUGUAGCCGCACCCUCCCCCCUGACAAAGGAAAAAUGGAGAGAGAUUGCGUCUAUGAAAGGCUGGCAUGAAUGGUGUGAUGUGAUGUCUCCUUAUUUAUGCAAUUUAUGCACAUUUUUGUACUUUUCUGCGAAGGGGGCAGGCUUGUUUAAGUAAACAAAGUACAAAGUACAAAGGAUAAUAAUCUAUUGCCGUGUAUUGGGCUAUUCUAUUUUAUUGUUCAGCCUUCAGUUAGCAAUUCAGCUUCAGCAAGAAGAGGAAAGACAACAACAGCAACAACAAAGACGACCUCAACAGGUUCGCCCAUCUCCCACAAGAUCCACUAAUACUGCUUCACAAGCUCAGGUACAACAGAGGAACGGUCAGCAGAGGACAGAAUCCAGUGUAAGUCAAUUGGUUUAA